AUGUUUAUCAAUCAAACAAAACGUAUUCUUACACAGCCACAAACAACUUCAUUCAUACUAUUACUAUUAAAAAAACAUAAGAGUUCAAUAUCACCUAAGUUAACUUCAAGUUAUUUUCAUCAUGUUUCACCACUUCCACUACAAUAUAAAACAAUAAGUCAAAGCUUUGAUGAAACAGCUGCCAAAUAUCCUGAUCAUGAAUGUUAUGUUUUCAAAAGUGAACAAAAACGGUAUACAUACAAAUCAUUUAAGCACGAAGUUGAUAGUUUAGCUGCAUCACUUCUUGAGUUAGGCUUUGAAAAAAAUGAUCGAUUUGCUGUUUGGUUACCAAACACUUCACAAAAUGUUGCCAUGACUUUUGCUGCAUCAAAACUAGGUCUAAUCAAAGUUAACAUCAAUCCAGCAUAUGUUGAGCGUGAACUUGAAUAUUGUAUAAAUAA